UUACUCAGGAUGAAUUGCGAGCUCUUGGCAACGUGUAGUGCUCUUGGCUACUUGGAAGGAGACACCUAUCACAAAGAAGCUGAUUGUGUAGAGAGUGUGAAAGACCUGAUCCGGUAUUUGCGGCAUGAAGAUGACACCCGUGAUGUCCGCCAGCAACUGGGUUCAGGACAGAUUGUACAGAAUGACCUUCUACCUAUCAUCACUCAGCAUGGAGAAGACAAAGUCUUGUUUGAUUGCUGCAUCAGGCUCAUGGUCAAUCUCACUCAGCCUGCCAUGCUUUGCUUUGGUAAAGUCCCUGAUGACCCCGUGUUUAGACAUCACUUUUUGCAAGUGACAUCUCAUUUACAAGACUGUAAAGAGGCAUUUGCCAGUGAGGCUGUGUUUGGUGUUUUAAGUGAGACAUUGUACAACCUUCUACAACUGGACUGGGAGCAGAGACAGGAGGAGGAUAACCUGCUGAUAGAAAGGAUUCUGCUGCUGGUCAGGAAUGUGCUACAUGUACCUGCGGACCCCUGUGAGGAGAAGAAGGUAGAUGAUGAUGCCAGCGUCCAUGACAGGCUGCUGUGGGCCAUUCACAUGAGCGGUUUCGAUGACUUGGUCAAGUUCCUGGCGUCGGCCCAGAGUGAGCAGCAGUGGAGUAUGCAUGUAUUGGAAAUCAUCUCCCUCAUGUUCAGAGACCAGACACCGGAAGCUUUGGUGAGCGCUGGUCAAGCUCGCUCAGCAGAAGAGAAGCAGAGAGACGCUCAGGAGCUUGACGCACUGAGACAGAAGGAGCUUGCAGAGAAACGGUCUCGCAUGUUACACAGAGGAACCAGACACUCCCGCUUCAGAGGAGCCUUUGUUAUUCAAGGCCUUAAGGCAAUUGGGGACAAAGAUGUGAUUUAUCACAGAAAUAUUCAUGAUUUCAAAAACUAUACUCAUGAUGCAGGUAAAGCAGUGAGACGUGUUCCCAAGAGGAAUCGACGGGCACAGGAGUGUAAGGACAAACGCCGCUCUGCCUUAAACGUUCGACUCUUCCUGCGAGAGUUUUGUGUGGACUUCUUGGAAAACUGCUACAAUCGGCUCAUGUACCUUGUCAAGGAAAGUCUGAUUCGAGAGCAGACUCAGCAACACGAUGAGACCUACUACCUCUGGGCACUCAGCUUUUUCAUGGCUUUCAACCGGGGCAACGGUUUCCGUGCUGAUUUAGUGUCUGAGACCAUGUCCAUCCGUGCUUUCCAUUUCAUUGAGCGCAACGUCACCAACUACUAUGAGAUGAUGCUCACUGACCGCAAAGAGGCCACGUCCUGGUCCCGCAGGAUGCACCUGGCACUAAAAGCAUAUCAGGAACUGCUGCUGAAUGUGAACGAGAUGGACCGCUCACAUGAUGAAACCAUCCGUCAGAGCUGCAGUGUUAUUAAAAGUAACAUAUUCUACAUGAUGGAGUACAGGGAGAUUUUCCUGACCUUGCUGAGGAAGUAUGAUGAGACCAGACAGCCUCACUCCUACCUCAAAGACUUGGUGGAGUCAACUCAUCUCUUCUUGCGUAUGUUAGAACGCUUCUGCAAAGGUCGCAAAAAUUUGAUGGUUCAGAAAAAGCGAGUGAAGCGGAAAAAGUCUCGAGGUGGAAAAAAGCCUACUGUAGAGACUAGUCCAGAAGCCCUGGCAGAUACCUGGAAGGUUGUGGAGGAAGAGCUGAAGGCUACAGGGCUUCAGGUGUCAGGGGCUUUAACAGAAAACACUGUGCCAUUUGAUGCCACAUCUGAAACUCCGCUUGAGGAGCAGCGGACUGAAGCUAUGGUGCGGGUGCAGGAUGCCCUGCUGGCACGACUGGGUCCAGAAGCUUUGGCACUGAUGCGUGCUGCCAGGGAGGUGUGGCCAGAGGGAGAUGUGUUUGGUUCAGCUGAUGUGGAACCUGAAGAGGAACUGGAACUCCUCAAGCAGAUACUGCAUGCCAACCUGCCCAGAUCAUCUCUUCCAGAGCCUGUGGUAGAGGAGGAUGAUGAUGCAGGGUUAGAGUUGGAAGAAGAAGAGUUGGAGUCUGUCCAGGUUUCUGAAACAGAGUUCAACUUUCUGGACUUUAUCAAGAAGUUUGCCAACCCCAGUAUUGUGCGUCCAUACCUCCUCCUGUUAAAAUCAUACUCAAAAAACACACCUCACACUAACCACUGCAUUGCUCGCAUGCUGCACCGCUUGGCAGUCGACCUCAAAAUGGACGCCCAGCUUUUCCAGCUGUCAGUAUUCCACCUCUUCAACAAGAUCAUGAAUGACCCUGCUGCAGCUGCUUAUAAGGAACUAGUGACCUUUGCCAAGUAUGUGCUGAACCGUUUCUUUUCACUGGCAGCACAAAACAACAAGGCAUAUGUUGAACUGCUGUUCUGGAAAAAUGUGGGGGCUGUACGUGAGAUGACUGAAGGCUACAGCAAAGACGGACAGGGAAAGAAACCAACAUGGACUGAAGAGGAGGAACUGGAGUUGCGCAAUCUUUAUGAAGAGCACCGACACUCUGAAGUGCCAGACAUUGUGGAGACUCUGCUGCCAUUACUCAGCGAUGCAACCCGCACUCGACGCCAGGUCGUGAUACAGUUGGUGCAUAUGGGACUGGUGGGAAAUGCUAAAGAACUGAAGAAGCAGAAGAAAGGUACACAGAUUGUUCUUUGGACUGAAGACCAGGAGGAGGAGCUGCAGAUGCUUUAUGAGGAGUUCAAAGACUCUGACGAUGUGCUGGGUAAUAUACUGAAGAAGCUUACAGCCAAGCGCUCUCGUGCACGUGUGGUGGAUAAGCUACUCAGUAUGGGGAUGGUGUCUGAGAGACGAGAACUUUAUAAGAAGAGGAGCCGUAAUAAUCAAGCGAAGAGUUCUGGUAGAGGAAUGACUGAAGAAGAUUUCCUAUCUGGACUAACACAAGAAUUUCCAGAUGACCUUGUGGACAGAGAUGAUGACGAGGAUGCGUCUGAGGAGAGUGAGGAAGAGGAGGAGGAAGAAGAAGAAGAGCAAGAGAGAGAAAAAUCAAAAAAAAAUGGAAGACGGAGGAGCCAAAGUGUGCAGUCUCCAGUAGAGAGGAGAGCUGAUGUUGGCGCCAUGGUGUCUAAUCUGCAUCAAGAAGGGAUGUCGGGACCUUUGUUGUGGCUACAGAAUUGCCUGAACAGAACAGCACUUGACCGUGAAGAAGAUGACUUGUCCCAGCCUGUGGCACUCGUCCCUCUGACUGAGGCAAAUGAAGAUGCAAUGGAGAAUAAGAGAUUUCAGAAACUGUUACGCAAACUGGGGAUGCGAGCACCUGCAGAUGAACAGGAGACAUUUUGGAGAAUCCCAGCAAAGAUAAGCCCAUCUCAGCUCCGGAGCACAGCUGCAGCUCUUACUCAGAGAGAGGACGAACCUGAAGGUGUUGAGGAUAUGGAGGGACAGGGGAGUCUUACUGAAGAACCCCGAGAGGAGAAGGAGGAGGUCUCAGGUGAACAGAGAACACAAGCUCUGAGAGCACUGCUGCUCGCCCGCAAGAGGAAACUUCCCACCACAGAAAAUGACGCUCCUGUGUCAGAUGUCACCCCUUCUGAGGGUGUAGACGGUACAGUUGAGAGAUCCCAAAAAAAGACUUCAGCUAAAAGAAGCAGAGUGCUGGACGACGACGAUGAUGAUGAAGAAAAAGAGGAUAAGUCCACCGCUGCCAUGGACCUGGAUAAAAAUGAUGACGCAGAUUCAGACAAGGAGGAUAUUUCUGCACCUGUGAAGCGUAGACGGAAGAUGGUCUUAAUUGAUGAAGAGGAAGAUGAGGAUUAGUCAACUGUCUCUAAUGGACUGUGAAACCCGCAGGCAGGGGAGACAUAAAAGUCCCUAAUUUUGCUCAGAGGUAGGUGCAGCCCUCUGGGGGUCUACAGUCCACACAGCAAAAACUCCAUUAAUGGGAAACCAAACAACCCGUAAACCUCCAUGUAUAUAGAUAGAUCCUGUUAAGCAUCUUUUCCCUUUUGUCAUCUCUUUGGUAAACAAUAGAUCAGUGCAUUUGUUUAGUUGUGA